UGGUUCCUGGUGUGCUCUUACCCUUCCCUUAGUUGCACAGCUUUGCCACUUCUAAGCAGAGCCGCCACAAGGGAAGGACUUUGGAGAACACAGGUCUGGGAGCAGACUUCCCCUUCUGCUAGGCAAGAGCUUAGCCGUGGCUGUAUCCUUUUGUUUGCUGUGUGGAUUCACACCAGUUUGCAGGCUCUGCCACUGCAGGGCUACUGUUGGUUCUUUCCUGAGCCAGCAGAGAAGGGCCGUGUGAGCAGGGAUUCAUGCCUGCCUGCCUGCCACGUGUGGGCUAAGUGAUGGAGGUUUGAAAAAAGUUUGCCUGCUUGGGCGAAGCAAUUGGAAGGACCACCUAGAAAGCCUGUAAGGACAUGAAAGGCAGCCCGAGUUGUGCUUAAUGUGGCUUUCAUCAGAGUAAUCGGGAUCAGAUGUGCCGUAUUCUUCCACAAGAGGGAAUCAGGCUUCUCCUCCUCCCCCCAGUUGCUUUCCCUAACUCGGCUCCCAACCCAGAGCCAGAAGAGACCCCCCUUCUUUUGGUCUGACUUAGCCCCAACGCUUUGCUGCUUCUUGCUUUACUGGUUUGCCGGGUCGAAGAGCAAGAUCAAUGAAUAGUAAUUGCUUGUGUUUAUGACGGUUUGUGGUUAGACUCUGGUUGGCCUGUUGGGAUCACAACUUUUGACAGAACCGUCGACUUUUGCAAGGAGCAGAAAAAUGAAGGCAGGUUGCCCCAUUGUGGAGAAGCCGGAGGGCGGAGGAGGCUACCACUUCCCGGACUGGGCUUACAAGACUGAAUCCAGCCCCGGCUCCCGCCAGAUCCAGCUCUGGCACUUUAUCCUGGAGCUGCUUCAGAAGGAGGAGUUCCGGCACGUCAUCGCCUGGCAGCAGGGGGAGUACGGGGAGUUUGUCAUCAAGGACCCCGACGAGGUGGCGCGGCUGUGGGGCAGGCGGAAGUGCAAGCCCCAGAUGAACUACGACAAGCUGAGCCGGGCCCUCAGAUAUUACUACAACAAGAGGAUCCUCCACAAAACUAAAGGGAAGAGGUUCACCUACAAGUUCAACUUCAACAAGCUGGUGAUGCCCAACUACCCCUUCAUCAACAUACGGCCCACAGGGGUCGUUCCCCAAAGUGCUCCUCCAGUCCCGACAGCUUCUUCCCGGUUUCCGUUCCCUCCGCUGGACAGCCACUCUCCCACCGAAGACGCCCAGCCAAGCCGCUUCUCAGGCAGAUCCCUCGUGCCUUCUGGCCAAGAGGCUCUAAAUCACCGCGGCCUCGGUGAGAAGUCUUCUCCAGUGCCAGAGUUGGAGGGCAGCUCUCCAGACUGGCGGCGGGGGUUGGACCUCCUGGCCUCUCGCAACUCUGCUGCUGCUGCCACCGCCACCGCUCCAGGUGGUGCCAGCCACCAAAAGCGCAAGCCAGACUUGGUGCUUCCUCUCUUCGGCUGCUCUGGGAUGUACCCCGACCCACACAGCCCGUUUGCUGUGUCCCCACUCCCGGCCCGCGGAGGGGUCCUGAAUGUCCCUCUCUCGCCUGCCUUGUCGCUGACGCCCACCCUCUUUUCGUACAGCCCCUCCCCGGGCAUGAGCCCUUUUGCGGCCGGGAGCAGCUGCUUCUCCUUCAACCCCGAGGAAAUGAAGCGCUACCUCCACUCGCAGGCCUGCUCCGUCUUCAACUACCACCUGAGCCCUCGGACUUUCCCUCGCUACCCAGGCCUGAUUGUCCCACCCCUGCCGCGCCAGGUGCCCCCGGAGGAUCAGGGCCAGUUCCCCAUCAAGCUGCAGCCCCCGCCUGUCGGGCGCAAGAACCGCGAGCGCCUGGAGAGCGGCGGGAGGCCCGGGGCUUCUCAGCCAGCCCCAGCGUCCCCUCAGAUCAAGAUGGAGCCUGUCUUGGACCACCAGGAGUGCGAGAGCAGAGAUUCCCCAGAGCGGGACCCGGCGGGACAGGAGGAAGGAGGCAGCAGCCCAGCUGUGCUUCCCAGCCAGAGCAAGGAGCGGGAGGAGGGUUUCUUUGUGAGGCCGGUUGCCCCAUCUUGGCCCGUGGCACCACUAGGGCCGCCAGCCCCCGCCCAGACCAAUGUCCCAGCUGACGAGAAACCUAAGCAUGAGGAAGGCUCUGGCGAGAAACCUGCCCGAGAACCUGUGGAGGAGCCAGUGGGGGGCCCAGAAAAGAGGGAGGAUGCUGUGAUGCCCCCCAAGCUGCGCCUCAAGCGGCGUUGGAACGGCGACCGGCAGGCAGAAGCCCCCGAGGAAGCACCAGGCAGGAAGGCCUACUGGGGCGGCCACCUGGACACCCCACACAUCUUCUUGGCCCCCAAGGCUGCUGUGGAUACAUAGGAUUGCAGAGGCCCCACAGCAGAGGGCUGGGGGGUCCCUGCACUGUAAUGUAGCAAGGUUUGCCUAGUGGGGUGGGGAGGACCGGAAGGGGGGGCUAGAAUGGCCUGACUAAUUCUAGAGGGCUUUGUGAAGGGUGUUGCGUGUGUGUGUGUGUGUGUGGGUUGCAGGUGAAAUGCGGCUGUUGGUCAUGGGGCGCAGGGGCGAGGUGGCUCUUGCAGUGCGCCUCCCCCCGUCUGUGGGCGAAGCCGCUUGGCCGUUUCUCCAGUGACCCCCCCACCCCCUGCCCCUCCGGUGGGGUUUCCACUGAAGUGGAAAAACUCUCGCAUGAAUUCUCUCCCCCUUUUCCUAAUAGCGUUUUAUAGAAGCCAGAAUUUGUCUGGAUGUAUUAUAGUUCUUUUGUGGGGGAUGGGGGGGAGAGGGAGGGCUUUCUAGCCAUUCACAACUGGAAUGUCUCUUGUGUCAAAAUAGGAAGACACUUUAUUUGGGAGGGUGAGGAGGUGGUACUGGGGGGCGUUGCACUGUCUUUAAACGUUUUAAAAGCAGAAAUUGCAGGAGAAUGAUACGGAAGUGGCCACCCUGGCAGGAGGGGGGGGCUGGUUGGCGUGAGGGCUUUUCAACCUUAAGUGUCACUUGUAGAACUUGGAGUGGGGCGGAGGGGAGGGGACACUGAAUGGCCACAUUUGAAAUGAUGUUUUUGAAAAUAUUGAAGAAGCCAUGAUGAGCAAUUGUAGAAAUCUUUUCAGGGAUGUAGAAGGAACGUGGUUGUAAACUAAACAAGCAAGCCAAAUGCCUUUAACGAGACCCCCUUUCGUCCUUUCCUCUUUUGGGUGGCUGUGGGUGGGACCUCCCAUGGGACGAGUGCUGGGACACCCCCUCCCUGACUGCCCCCCUUCCCUUUCCCUUUUGCCUUAACUGCACUCUUUGGAGUCCAGCACCGGGAUACAGAGGGGGGCUUUGGUGUGGCUUGAAGUGGGGGUGGGGGUUCCUGCUUUGGGCCUGGAAGAGGGGCAUGUGUGGGGGGGAAGAAGGGCCAUGAACAGCUCAGGGUCUCAAACUAGGGUCUGGAUCCUUGCAGCAAAGGGAUGAUGGUUGAGGAUGGUGUUGGAGAGUGCGCAGCAGGGCAGAUGCGGGGGGGAUCCCCGCCAACCUUGGGCCUGUGGGCACAUUUGGAAUGCAGGGAGAAUGGUGUGGGGUGGCCACACUACCCCCUGGCUGUUUGUCUUUCCCCCUCCCCUGAGGAGAGGGAGAGAGGAAGCACACACGCGCCCGUCUGUCCCCCGCAUGCACACGCAAACUCUUUGCUUCUCCAAAGCAUUUGGGUCGGAUUCUGUAGACUUAAGUCUUGAGUUUGCAAUGCGGGGUCCCCAGGCCUCAGUAGUGAGGUGCUCAGGACAAGUCGCCGGUCCAGGGCCGUGGAGGCGUUGAGCCCAAAGUAUGGGCCCUGCGUGGAUCUUCAUGGUUUUUGCAUACGAUGAGAACACAGGACGUGCCUGUGGGCAUGGCAGUACCCUGUGGUUUGAUGGUGGUUUUGACGGGCUCUCCAGUGAAAAAGAGGAUCCAUUCCUUGGACCCACGUGGUUUCUGCCGUGGCAGUGCUACAGAGCAGCCACUCUGUGGCUUUUAUGGUUCAACCAAUAGAGAGAGUUGUGUUCUGUGAUUUCAUCGUGGGAAUUUUUGUGAGGGGUGGGGGAGCAAAACUUGUGAAAAAACGAUUCGGUUUCAAGAGGAUCUAUUCUAGCGGAUCUGGUGUGUGUGCUCCCAUUCAGCCUCCCCCCUGACCUCUGUGGCUCCCUCCCCACUUUACACACACACACACACCGGCCAUUCCUUUCUCCUCCCCCUCCUGCCCUCCUCUCAGUUGCUCCGCUGUCAGUUCAGCUCCCAUCUGAGCCUUGAAAAGCCCAUAGAGCUGAAAGAGGAAGUGGGAAAGAGGGCCCUCCUUCCCCACUUCCUCCUCCAGCCCUUACACUCUUUUUGUGAUGAAGUCAUGACGGGCCGUGAGCGUGGAGGGACUCAGCUUUGCAUGUGUCGGAAGAAGUUCCCCAAGGGGCACCAUUGUGCCCAUUGGCACCAUGUCGGCAACCCCCAGACAGAGAGAUCUUUGUAAGUUGCCUGCCGUUUUGUGGUAAGGGUCCCCAAGAGUACGUUCUUUUUUCCCUCCUCUACACCUCCCAAGGCGGCUCCCUGAGGGUGAACCUAAGCCAUGUCUACAUUAGGAGCCUUUCCUUGUAUGCUUGUGGGUAAUUGUGGCCCCAACUGCCGUCUUCAUUGCAGUUUCACUUGUUGGACCCGGUGGCACCACCUCUUUUAACGUCCCCUUGUCUGCCCCCCACCUCCCCAUCUUUCUCUCUACACACACACACACGCACGCACGCAAGCUGGCCAGGUUGGAUGAGUCUCUGGUCCCCCUGUGAGCAAGCGAUGCCUUCGCCUCCUCGGCCAGCCACGCCUGGCUCUGAGGGGCUCCAUGAAGGAAAGCCGUUGGCUGCCACGGAGGUUUGCUCAAGUGAAUACUGUAGGUGUUCUGAGGAGGGGGAGAGUUUUUGGGAACUUCAUGCCUGGCAUGGGUGGGGCAGAGUUGGGGCUCAUGGCAGCGUGUGGGGCUGGACCUUCUACCACAUCUGCAGGGCCUUGCAAAAGCUCACACAUACCCCACUCCCAAUCUUUGACGGUAGCCACCAUUCUGCACGGUAGCAGCCUCACACACCUCUCUGGCUUGGACCUGGGGUGGGGGUGGCUGCCAGGAUAGUCUGAGGCUUCCCCCGAAGAGGAAGGGGGCUGGCGGAGAUGGGCUCGAAACUCAGGGACUGAAACACGCGGCCUUUUUUGUUUCAUCUUUUUCUUAAAGAUCAGCACAUGCAAACCUACAGCCCAUUGUACCCAAGUGCCGGAAUUGAUGUCAGGUGGGGGUGGGAAGUGGGGGGGCUAAGCCCAUUUGGGGGAAAGGGGGCAUGAAAAAUACCCUUUGCACUUCAGUGAAAAUUAGCGCAACUUUGUGUCUUAUGUGUAUAUAUAUUAAUCUUCGCAGUCAUGUUUUUUCGUUGGGUCCCCUUCCCCCCAGGCCCCUCCUUCCUCCAAAGCCAUUGCACUGCAAAGUGGGGGCACCUUGCUCAGGGAUAAAAGGGCUCGGGGUCUUGGGCAGCGGACAGGGGGAAGCGAGGUAAUCUGGGGGGCAGAAGGAGAACCCAGUUGUGUGGGGAAGCGGGCCUCUUUCCCCUUCAGCCGGCUCAGGGAGGCUUUGCAGGGGCCACAGCAGGCAAGGCCCGUCUCCUAGGACAGGGUUUCUCCGAAGGGCUCCUUUUUCUUUUUUUGGCAGGAGAAACGGCCAUGCACUUAAAACAGAAAUGUCUGUUCGUUGUGCCAAAUACUUAAGCUGGUGAAGUGUGGACAGUUGGAAUCCCACAUUGUAACUAAUCAAGAAUGCAUUGACUUCUUCAAAAUGUUUUGUAUUUUUUUUCCUAAAUUUGCUAGCCCAAGAAAAUGUUUAGGGAGCAAGCAAACUUUAGCGCUUGCGGCCCACCACAUUUCCCCACCCCCACCCCCAAAAAAUCUCACCCACCCCCUCCAGCAGGAGGAGGGUUCUCUUCCUCACCCCCCACCCACCCCACCAGUUUUGAAGGCUAACAAAAUGACCUUGGGAACUGAGCCCAGCUCAGUCUUUAAUCAUAUAACAGUGAAUUUCCUGGCCCCUUCCCAAAAGGGCAGGCAUGUGGAAUCUUGCUCACUCCUGGGUCGGUGGGUGGUGGGUGGGGUGCAUGGCUCCUCUCUCGAGACCCACACAUCAGAUGCACAUAAUGCUUGAGAGCACCUCACCCAGGGGAGUGUCUAGAGUUUGGGGCUGAAAUCCACCCUGGGUGACUUUCUUCUGGCAUGCAGGGAAGGUGCCAUUUCCUCCUCUGUCCUGAGAUGCCAUUUCCGGCCACUCUUCUGUGCACUGAGGAAAGACACCCAGACUCUGCCCCCCACGCACACUGUGGGGCAUUAUUUCUGGAUUGGAAUUUUAGGGCUGCGUACCCUCUAACUGGGUCCCUUGUGUGCAGACCCACACAUGUGAGCCAUGGGUGAUGCGUCAAGUCCAUGCUGUUCCCUUGGAGAGAGCUGGCAAGUUUUUUUAACCUUCCAGGGAGGUUUAUAUCUGCUUGGUUACCCUUUUAAUUCCAUAACCGUUUUGCUUUUGAAAAAAAUGUAACUUUUUUUCCUCUCGUUUUGGUCUUACAAAUCCUGAUGGGUUUUAACAAGAAAAAUGUUUUUGGUUUGGAAUACUUUCAAUUAGUUUUCUUUUAAAAGAAAUAAAAGAACUGUUCGAUUUUAGAGUGUUAAAGUGACAAAGUAUUUACUGAUAACUUUUUAUUAUUAUUAUUAUUAUUAAAUCAUUUUUCAUGAGACAUGGUCCUGUCUUUAUGAUGCUUUGAGUCAGCAGAGACUAAACAUCUGAACAGCAACUCUUAGCUUGAGGUAAUUUUUUUGUCCUUGUAAAGCAGGAUUAAAAUUGUGUGUAAAAAUAAAAAAAUAUGUAAGUAGUCCUCAUGCUUUUGUGCAGUGCCUUUAGACGUUCCACUUUCUAUAAAGUCUUCAAAAAAAGUUUGCAUAUAUAUUAUAUAUAUGAUGUAAUGUUAUAGAAAUAUAUGUAUAAUAUACAUAUUUUUUCCAGGGGUAUCUGAUAGCUCUGUAUUUUGUUAUGGAAGUUGAUAUGAAAAGUAUUUUACCUCAAAUUUAAAAAAGUUAAAUAAACCUUUUAAAUAAG